AUGGCAGACUCGGAUAACUCGUUCCCUGAAAAGGACUCGAUUUCCACCGAGGCUGGCUACGAAGAGGGCCGCGAGAACGUGAGAAGCUCCAACCCAAAAGGACUGUCGCGGACAGACACUGGCGUCGACGUCGACCGCGCCCAAAAGGACUUUGCCGAACUGAGCCAGCAGUUCUCCAACAUCUCGCAACAAGCACGCCGUCUGUCCAGACAGGCAUCCAAGCCGUCCAAGCACGAAGCUGUUCAUGAUGUCGAACAAAGCCCCAGCUCGGCCAGCACAAACGGCGAACCGUGGGAUCUCGAGACCGCGCUUCAUGGGUCACGGGCGGCCGAGAACGAGGCCGGCAUCAAACACAAGCACAUUGGUGUAAUCUGGGACGGCCUCACUGUGCGAGGCUUUGGUGGCGUCAAGACAUUUGUGCAGACAUUCCCCGACGCUGUGGUUGGCUUCUUCAACAUUUACGAAACCUUCAAGUCACUCUUUGGAUUGACCAAAGGCGGCGUCGAAAAUGACAUUCUUCGCGAUUUCCGCGGUGUUUUGAAACCCGGCGAGAUGGUUCUUGUGCUUGGUCGCCCCGGCUCUGGCUGCACCUCGUUUUUGAAAGUCAUUACAAACCAACGAUAUGGUUACACCUCCAUUGAUGGAGACGUAAAUUAUGGGAUAUUCGACAGCGAUACUUUUGCGAAAAAGUACCGCGGUGAAGCCGUCUACAACCAAGAAGACGAUGUUCAUCACCCUACCCUGACCGUUGGCCAAACCCUCUCUUUUGCUCUGGACACCAAGACUCCCGGUACGAGACCGACUGGAAUAACAAAGAAGGACUUCAAGAAAAAGGUCAUCCAAUUGCUGCUUAAAAUGUUCAAUAUCGAGCACACAGCCAACACCGUUGUCGGUAAUGCCUUUAUCCGCGGUGUCUCUGGCGGAGAACGCAAGCGAGUCAGCAUUGCCGAGAUGAUGGUUUCCUCUGCAACCAUCCUGGCAUGGGAUAACACCACGCGAGGUCUAGACGCUUCCACCGCAUUGGAUUUUGCAAAAUCACUGCGAAUAAUGACCAAUAUCUACCAAACAACAACCUUUGUUUCCCUGUAUCAGGCCUCGGAGAAUAUCUACAAGCAAUUCGACAAGGUAAUGGUUAUUGACGAAGGUCGUCAAGUAUUCUUUGGGCCUGCUGCUGAAGCUAGAUCUUACUUUGAGGGCCUGGGUUUCAAAAAGAAGCCCCGUCAAACUACACCCGACUACUUGACUGGAUGCACCGACCCUUUCGAGAGAGAAUAUGAAGAUGAUGUUGCAAAAGGACCAUCUAAUCCGGACGAAUUAGUCAAAGCCUUUGACGAAUCCAAGUACCGACAGCUUUUGGACGAUGAAAUGACCGCAUAUCGCAAUCAAAUUCAAGAAGAAAAGCAUGUCUACGAAGAGUUUGAAAUUGCCCACCAACAAGCCAAACGCAAGUUUACCCCCAAGUCCUCAGUCUACUCGAUUCCAUUUUAUCUGCAAAUAUGGGCAUUGAUGCAACGUCAAUUCCUCGUUAAAUGGCAGGACAAAUUCGCCUUGACUGUGUCGUGGGUGACGUCAAUUGGAACGGCUAUAAUAUUGGGUACAGUUUGGUACAAAUUGCCUACUUCCAGUGCCGGCGCCUUUACCCGUGGUGGUUUACUGUUUAUUUCCCUUCUUUUCAAUGCAUUCCAGGCGUUUGCAGAACUAGGGUCGACUAUGAUGGGCCGUCCGAUUGUGAACAAGCACCGUGCAUUUACUUUCCACCGUCCAAGCGCCCUAUGGAUCGCCCAGAUAUUGGUUGAUACAGCCUUCGCUGCCGUGCAGAUAUUGGUUUUUAGUAUCAUUGUCUACUUCAUGUGCGGCUUGGUCCUCGAUGCUGGUGCUUUCUUCACUUUCGUUCUGAUUAUUAUUACGGGCUACCUUUCAAUGACCCUAUUUUUCCGAACCAUAGGGUGUCUCUGUCCCGAUUUUGACUACGCCAUGAAGUUCGCAGCUGUUAUCAUUACUCUCUACGUGCUGACCGCUGGUUACUUGAUUCAAUAUCAGAGCGAGCAGGUGUGGUUGAGGUGGAUAUUCUAUAUCAACGCACUUGGGCUUGGAUUCGCUGCUCUUAUGGUGAACGAAUUCAAACGAUUGACAAUAACUUGUUCCGAGUCCUCGCUAGUGCCUUCUGGUCCAGCAUAUAGUGAUGUUGGCAUUGCUUACCAAAGUUGUACCCUGCAAGGAAGUUCCCCCGGGUCCAGUGUUAUUCCUGGUUCUGCUUAUCUUAGCGCAGGCUUCAGUUACGAAGACGGCGAUCUUUGGCGCAACUUUGGAAUUAUCAUCGCCCUGAUUGUCUUCUUCCUGUUCACCAACUCCUAUCUAGGAGAAGUCGUUAAUUGGGGUGCUGGCGGUAGAACGAUCACGUUUUAUCAGAAAGAAAACGACGAGCGUAAAAAGCUUAACGAGGAAUUGAUGACCACAAAGCGCAAACGUCAGGAUAAAGAACUGGAAGAAUCGUCUUCGGAAUUGAACAUUACUUCCAAGGCGGUGCUUACGUGGGAGGAUCUGAAAUACGAUGUCCCAGUCCCAGGCGGCACGCGAAGACUACUGAAUUCGGUUUUCGGCUACGUUCAACCUGGAAAGCUCACCGCGCUAAUGGGGGCUUCGGGUGCUGGAAAGACGACUCUGCUUGAUGUGCUGGCUGCUCGAAAGAGUAUUGGUGUUAUCGCCGGUGAUAUUUUGAUCGAUGGAAAGCCUCCUGGUGCAUCCUUCCAACGAGGCACGGCCUAUGCGGAACAGCUUGACGUCCACGAGUCAACGCAAACAGUGCGAGAGGCGCUACGCUUCUCUGCCGAACUACGCCAGCCUUAUCAUGUUCCCUUGUCUGAGAAGCAUGCAUAUGUGGAAGAAAUUCUGUCUCUUUUGGAACUUGAGACCCUUGCAGACGCUAUCAUUGGGUUCCCCGAGUUUGGUCUAUCUGUGGAAGAACGUAAACGUGUUACCAUUGGUGUGGAACUAGCAGCCAAGCCUGAACUUCUCCUGUUUUUGGAUGAACCAACGUCUGGUCUUGACAGUCAAUCUGCGUUCAAUAUUGUUCGAUUUUUACGCAAACUUUCGGCAGCAGGUCAGGCUAUUCUCUGUACUAUCCAUCAACCCAACUCGGCACUGUUUCAAAGCUUUGACCGACUCUUGCUUUUACAGAGAGGCGGUGAGUGUGUUUACUUUGGAGAUAUCGGACAAGACAGCCAGGUCCUGAUUAACUAUUUCCGGGACAAUGGAGCCGAAUGCCCUCCCGAUGCCAACCCGGCAGAAUGGAUGCUAGAUGCUAUCGGUGCUGGCCAAACCCCUCGUAUCGGAGAUCGUGAUUGGGGUGACAUUUGGCGCGACUCGCCUGAGUUGGCAAAGACUAAAGCGGACAUUGUCAAAAUGAAAAAAGAUCGGAUAGCGGACAACAAGGAGGACGGUGAUAAGUCUAAAAAGGAGGUUGAAUAUGCCACGCCCACUUGGUUCCAGAUUAGAACGGUCGUUCGGAGAACUAACUUGGCUUUCUGGAGAUCCCCCAACUACGGAUUUACCAGAUUGUUCACCCAUGCUGCCAUUGCUCUGCUCACCGGUCUUGCGUUCUUGCAAUUGGACGACUCACGAUCUUCACUUCAGUAUCGAGUUUUCGUCCUUUUCCAAAUUACUGUCAUUCCUGCCAUUAUCAUCCAACAGGUUGAGCCCAAGUACGACAUGUCGCGUCUUGUCUCAUAUCGAGAGUCUGCGUCAAAGACGUACAGGUCGAUUGCAUUCGCCACAGCUAUGGUGGUUGCUGAGGUUCCCUACAAUGUGCUCUGCUCAGUGGUGUUUUUCCUUCCAAUUUAUUACAUCCCCGGCUUUAUGAGCGAGUCGUCCCGUGCAGGCUACCAAUUUUUUAUGGUACUGAUCACCGAAUUCUUUGCUGUGACCCUUGGUCAGCUGAUUUCCGCCCUGACUUCGUCGUCCUACAUUGCAUCCCAACUCAACCCUCCGUUUAUCAUUGUGUUUGCGUUGUUUUGUGGUGUCGCGAUUCCCAAGCCCCAGAUUCCCAAAUUCUGGAGAGCCUGGUUGUAUCAACUGGACCCAUUUACUCGUCUGAUUGGAGGAAUGCUUGUCACCGAGCUCCAUGGCCGUGAGGUUCACUGCACACAAGCUGAACUAAACAGUUUCCCAGCCCCAGGCAACCAAACCUGUGGUGAAUACAUGGAGCCAUACUUUGCAGCUGGCGGGCCUGGUUACAUCGUCAACAAUAUCACCCAGCUAUGCGAGUAUUGUGCAUACAAGGUCGGAGACGAGUUUUACUCGCCUUUUGAGUUGAGUUUCGAUAAUAGAUGGCGUGACCUGGGUAUUUUUGCUGCAUUUAUUGCUAGCAACAUUAUCAUCCUUUUCAUUGGGUCGCGCCUGCUCAACUUCAACAAGCGUUAA